AUGGGCGCCGGGGCCAGUGCUGAGGAGAAGCAUUCCCGGGAGCUGGAGAAGAAGCUCAAGGAAGACGCUGAGAAGGAUGCCAGGACUGUCAAGCUUCUGCUGCUGGGAGCAGGAGAGUCGGGAAAGAGCACCAUUGUCAAGCAAAUGAAGAUCAUCCACCAGGAUGGUUACUCACUGGAGGAAUGCCUGGAGUUCAUUGCCAUCAUCUACAGCAACACACUCCAGUCCAUGCUGGCCAUCGUGAGGGCCAUGACCACCCUCAGCAUUCAGUACGGGGACACAGCUCGCCAGGAUGAUGCCCGCAAGCUGCUGCACCUCUCAGACACCAUUGAGGAGGGCACCAUGCCCAAGGAGAUGUCGGAAAUCAUCGGGCGGCUCUGGAAGGACUCGGGCAUCCAAGCCUGCUUUGACCGUGCCUCCGAGUACCAGCUCAAUGACUCUGCGGGCUACUAUCUGUCAGACCUGGAGCGCCUGGUGACCCCCGGCUACGUCCCCACAGAGCAGGACGUGCUGCGUUCCCGGGUCAAGACAACCGGCAUCAUCGAGACCCAGUUCUCCUUCAAAGACCUCAACUUCAGGAUGUUCGAUGUGGGUGGACAGCGCUCAGAGCGGAAGAAGUGGAUCCACUGCUUCGAGGGGGUGACCUGCAUCAUCUUCAUCGCGGCCCUCAGCGCCUACGACAUGGUCCUGGUGGAGGAUGACGAAGUGAACCGCAUGCACGAGAGCCUGCACCUCUUCAACAGCAUCUGCAACCACCGCUACUUCGCCACCACCUCCAUCGUCCUCUUCCUCAACAAGAAGGAUGUCUUCCUGGAGAAGAUCAAGAAGGCCCAUCUCAGCAUCUGCUUCCCCGACUACGAUGGUCCCAACACCUACGACGAUGCGGGCAACUACAUCAAGGUGCAGUUCCUGGAGCUGAACAUGCGGCGGGAUGUGAAGGAGAUCUACUCCCACAUGACCUGCGCCACCGAUACCGAGAAUGUCAAGUUUGUCUUCGACGCCGUCACUGACAUCAUCAUCAAGGAGAACCUCAAGGACUGUGGGCUCUUCUGA